AUGGCUUCGCCAUCCAUCGCCGCUGGCCUUGGGGCAUCUGGGAACCCGAGACCUGAUUUGGGCGAUAUUUUGCUGGUUAUCCAUGAUUUCCACGCGAGGAGUGCCGACGAGCUGAGCCUCGCAAAGGGCGACAGGGUCCAGCUCAUCGAACGAGAUGAUGAAUUCGGCGAUGGGUGGUUUCUCGGCCGUCAUAUGGUCAACAACACGACUGGCCUUUUCCCAGAAGUCUAUACCCGACCGGCCCCUAAGCCUACCAGUCCUUUACCGUCGAGUACCUUCAGUACCCAAGUCCUCGCGCCUGUCGCCGAAUCCGAACCCGAAGCUUCCACUACCCGCGGCGCCGCAACCACCCAAAACCUGACAUCCAUCACGCCCCCUCCGACUAGCUCUUCAGCUGCGCCCGUUCCCGCGUCUGCCACGCCCAUCUCCUCCCCGUCCAUCGUACCAGAUUCACCACCCGCGACCCUUCCUCUUGCCUCCGUUGCCCCCAAAUUAGACGCCGCUUCUCAAUCCGACAUAAAGCCCGUCCCCUCGUCCAUUGAGCAGGCACUGGCACGGCUCAACAGCAACCAGGAUAGCCAGGUCCUUCACGAGACUCUCAACGUCAUCGACGAGCACAUCACCGACCUUCGAUCCCCGCCAGCAAUGGCGGAGACGGAUGAGGAGGAGGAUUCGACCCACACACGCGCCGAGGUUGAGAAAUGGAACCCCGAUGAAGUAGCCGAGUACCUCUUCACCGCAGGCGUGGAAAAGCACCACUGCGAGGUGUUCAGGGAUCAGGAAAUUAGCGGCGAGGUCCUGCUCGGCAUGGACCAGAGCUCGCUCUUCAUCAAGGCCCUCGACCUUGGCUCGGUCGGUCGGCGACUCAAGACGUGGCAAAAGAUCAAGACUUUGCAAGACGAGGUCACUAGUGGGACCUACACCCGUCGAACGACACUAACCUACGGCAGCGAGGUGGGGUCCGACGGCACCGGCCGCAUGCGAAGCAGGACAAACACCCUAACCAACUCGACGAAAAUGCCCACUAUCGAAGACCGACCGGGCUCUUCCCAAGCCGGCCGCCGAUCCACCGCCGUCUCCCGGCUUGAUCCCUCGAGCCUCGGCUCCCCGACCUCGCCCACGACCAUCAUGGAGAGCCCAACGCGCACGACUCAUGGCAGGCGGCCGUCCGCCGCAUCGGUUCGAGACUUGCACCAUUCGCGUCGCCAUUCCUCCACCGAUUACCGCGGCGCCCCCACCCUCGCCUCCCCGACCAUGGCCGCUUCCGGUCCCUUCCUCCGGCAGCGAGAUCUUUUGAAUCCCGGUGGCAGCGAGCUCCAGGACUCCGCCGUCGACCUCGAUCGCGGUUAUUUUUCCGGCACCGAGGUGGAUGGGCGGAAAAAGAAUGUGCUGAAGAAGCGGGAUAGCGGAGCCAAGACGAGCUAUACCGAAGAGCAGCGCGUACGCAGCGCCACCGCCAUCUCGAGGCAUUCCCGCUACGGCAGCAUCGAUUCGGUCCGCGAGGGCGGGCUCACGACCGCGGCGCAGAAGUACUACAGUUUGGCGACGGGCAGCCAUAGGAGGACCGCCUCCACCAACACCACCGAAUCUGUGCGACCCGUGCCCCCGGCCAAAGACGGCCCUCCCCGCCCCAAGGAAGCGAUGAAGGAUGCCGACUACAGUGGCUGGAUGAAGAAGAAGAGCUCCAAUCUCAUGACAAUGUGGAAGCCGCGCUUAUUCGUCCUCAAGGGCCGACGUCUCGCCUACUACUACAGCGAGGAUGACACGCAGGAGAAGGGACUCAUUGAUAUCUCUUUUCAUCGCGUUCUGCCUGCGGACAACGAAAGGCUCACCGGCCUCCAUGCCACAAUUACCGGGGCAGGCAGCAGCACACCUACCCUUCCUAGCCAGUCAGGCUCCGGUCCGGAGGGUGCCGCCAUGCAAAAGGGUGACGACACCAUGUUCAUCUUCAAGCUCGUCCCGCCCCGGAGCGGGCUCUCGCGCGCCGUCAACUUCACGAAACCGACAGUCCACUAUUUCGCCGUACCAAACCUCACGCAAGGCCGGCUGUGGAUGGCCGCCCUUAUGAAGGCGACCAUCGACCGAGACGACACGCAACCCAUCACGACGACGUACCAGCAAAAGACCAUCUCCCUCGCGAAAGCACGCGCGAUGAGGCAUAGGCCUCCCGCGCUCAUGAACCUGGACGAAGGUGACGAGGAAGAGAAACGAAGGAGCGCGGAUCGGAAAGAAGGACUCGGCCUCGCUUUCCACGAAGCGGAUAGUGGCAUUUCUGGCCUCGAGAAGCUAGGUUUGGCCAAGGUAGAGAGCGCCAAGGCCUCGCAGCACGAGUUCAACGGCAGCGACAAGGGCAUGCUGCCUCCUCAGAGUGCAUAA